GGACAAUUAUUUUGUAAAUGGUUGUGCUUAACUGCUGAAUUCUGGCUUUAGUUCAUUGGGCCUGUGGAUUUUUGUUCCUCCCUGUUCCUGCAAAAUAAGUUGAAGAGGCAAAAUGGACUUCUCCAAGCUACCCAAAAUCCGCGAUGAGGACAGAGAGGCUUUUGUUGGCUAUGUCCAUGGAGUCUCGGGACCUGUGGUCACGGCGUGCAACAUGGCAGGUGCUGCUAUGUACGAGCUGGUACGAGUAGGCCACAGUGAACUGGUGGGGGAGAUUAUCCGACUGGAAGGUGACUUGGCAACUGUCCAGGUGUACGAAGAAACUUCUGGUGUCUCUGUAGGAGAUCCUGUCCUCCGUACUGGCAAACCUCUGUCAGUGGAACUGGGGCCUGGCAUUAUGGGAGCUAUUUUUGAUGGUAUCCAGAGGCCUCUCUCGGACAUCAGCGCUCUGACCAAAAGUAUCUAUAUCCCUAGAGGUGUCAACGUGUCAGCUUUAAGCCGAGAUAUCAAAUGGGACUUCACGCCUUCCAAAAAUUUGCGGGUUGGCAGCCACAUCACUGGUGGAGAUAUUUAUGGUGUGGUGAAUGAAAACUCCCUAAUCAAACACAAAAUCAUGCUACCCCCACGGAACAGGGGCACAGUUACAUACAUUGCUCCUCCAGGAAACUAUGACACUUCAGAUGUUGUCUUAGAGCUGGAGUUUGAAGGUGUGAAGGAGAAGUUCACCAUGGUCCAGGUCUGGCCUGUACGUCAAGUCCGUCCUGUUACUGAGAAGUUACCAGCCAAUCAUCCUUUAUUAACUGGCCAACGGGUCCUGGAUGCCCUUUUCCCGUGUGUACAAGGGGGUACUACAGCGAUUCCCGGGGCAUUCGGUUGUGGGAAGACUGUGAUCUCGCAGUCUCUCUCAAAAUACUCCAACAGUGAUGUCAUCAUUUAUGUAGGCUGUGGAGAACGAGGAAAUGAAAUGUCUGAAGUACUGAGAGAUUUCCCUGAGUUAACAAUGGAAGUUGAUGGCAAGGUAGAAAGCAUCAUGAAGAGAACAGCUCUCGUAGCAAACACCUCCAACAUGCCUGUGGCUGCCAGAGAAGCCUCUAUCUAUACUGGCAUCACCCUGUCUGAGUAUUUCCGGGACAUGGGCUACCAUGUCAGUAUGAUGGCAGACUCCACUUCCCGAUGGGCUGAGGCCCUCAGAGAAAUUUCAGGGCGACUGGCUGAAAUGCCAGCUGACAGUGGUUAUCCAGCCUACCUUGGUGCCCGUCUAGCCUCUUUCUAUGAGCGAGCUGGCAGAGUGAAGUGUCUGGGAAAUCCUGAAAGGGAAGGCAGUGUCAGCAUUGUUGGAGCUGUCUCUCCCCCAGGUGGUGACUUCUCUGACCCUGUCACAUCUGCUACACUGGGCAUUGUUCAGGUUUUCUGGGGCCUGGAUAAGAAGCUGGCACAACGCAAGCACUUCCCCUCUGUCAACUGGCUGAUCAGUUACAGCAAAUACACGCGUGCCCUGGACGAGUACUACGACAAGCAUUUUACAGAGUUUGUCCCUCUCAGGACAAAGGCCAAAGAGAUCCUACAGGAGGAAGAGGACCUUGCAGAGAUUGUGCAGCUUGUGGGGAAGGCUUCCUUGGCAGAAACAGAUAAAAUUACCUUGGAGGUUGCCAAGCUGAUAAAAGAUGACUUCUUGCAACAGAAUGGUUAUACGCCUUAUGACAGGUUCUGCCCUUUCUAUAAAACAGUGGGCAUGCUUUCCAAUAUGAUUGCAUUCUAUGAUAUGGCACGCCGUGCUGUAGAAACCACAGCCCAGAGCGACAAUAAGAUCACGUGGUCCAUCAUCCGAGAGAACAUGAGCGAAAUCCUCUACAGACUUACCUCCAUGAAAUUCAAGGACCCUGUCAAAGAUGGGGAAACAAAAAUCAAGGCGGACUAUGCUCAGCUGUUUGAGGAUAUGCAGAAUGCAUUUCGAAGUCUGGAAGACUAGACUUGACCUCUGUGACCACUCCAGUUUGUCCUCUCAAUUCCUCAUCUCAACUCCUCUGCUUCCCUACCUUACAAGAAUGAUGCAACAGUACUUGAGAUGAUAAAUAGCCCGAUGUUUUCCCUAUUCAUCCUCGGAGAGUGUCCUUACAAAACAUUCCUCUUAGUUUGUGUUUGGCAUUGCUUUGUGUGUCUGAAAUGGCGAGUGAUGUGUGAAUGGGCCUGGCUGAGUGAGGAAAUGCUGUUGUACACUUCUAGGGUGGGAAAAAUUUCACCUUCCCUCUCCCAGCUCUCUGGGUAACCAGUCUUUCACCUUGGGACGGAACCAGUUGAGUUGUAUUGGCAGAGGAGGGGUAGAUCUUGGUGCAGUCACACGGUACAUUUGGAGCUGGCAGUGGUAAGGGCAUUUACAUCUGGCACUUUGCUAAGUGACUAUCAUGACGUAGAACUCCCUAUUCUUGAACAGACUUUUUUGACCAUGUUCUGAUACAACCAAAAAUUCACUGCUCUGUCCCUUCUGUAACCCUCAGCUAGUCUGUUGGUAUUGAAAUGUGGUAGUUAUGGAUCUCUCCAAGAAGGGACUAACUAGAAGAUGAGCACAUACAAGCAGCCAGUAUACUUUUGUACACUGGUGAAAUAGAGCUUUAUUUUCCUACAUAAGACAGAUCGGACCGUUGGACUCGGCAUCAGCUAAACUCAAAGCCAUAGGUGCUCAGCUUC